ACCUCCCCAUAGUCUUUACCUGGUGGGGGACUUUUAUUUUGACAUUUUCAGAACAGCAUCCCGGAAGUUCGUGUAGCGCUUGAUUCGUCCGCACCACUGCGAUAAAUGAGUAAAAUGUGGAUAUGCAGUUCUUCUAAUAUUGGUUUGCUAACGCAAUUUUGUUUAUUAAAAUCUGCAGUAAUGAAACCAUAUCGCGACCUUAACUGUGUGUAGACUAUUUGUUUCAAUAAUGGAUUACUAAUCAUGCCUACUCGUUUACACCAAUGCUACGUUUCAGACAACUCGGAUUUAGGAUAUUUCCCACCUCAACCCGUAAAUUAUAUUCGGAACGGCGCUUUUUAAUGUUACACACGUUAAAUGUUUUGAUGUUACAAAAUUACAAUACAAAAUCAAACAGAACUGUUUUAAUGACAAAAUACCUUUGUUUACUUAACUAUUUCCGGUUUUGAUGUGGGAAAUAUUCUAAAUCCGAGUUAACAGUUAUCUGAAACGCAAGAUCAUAUUGAUGUAAUUACGCAUUUCGCUAUAUUUUAAGUUUUUAUCAAAAUAUGCCGACUUCAAACUAUUUUAUAAAUCAAGACACAUGGACAGUUGUAAGGUUUGCCACCUUCACCCGACUGCUUUCUCUUUCUUUACAGGCUGUACUAAAUGUGGCUGUUCCGGACCAUGUGGCAGAUGCCUUCAGUCCACCAAGGACAGAAACCCCUCUCCUUCUUGAUCCGGUCAUUGAAACAUUGCUUGGUGGUCUUAGUCACUGGGAUGCCGAGCAUUUUCUUUUCAUUGCAGAACGAGGCUAUUUAUAUGAACACAACUUUGCAUUCUUUCCUCUGUUUCCUCUAUUCCUGCGAUUACUGGCAAAUAUUGUGCUUUGGCCUCUCUGUGGAUUGCUCACAAUGCAUGGACGUUUACUUGUGGCAGUAGCUAUAGGUAACAGCAUUCUUUUUGUCCUGAGUGCUGUGGCACUAUACAAACUCACUCGUUUGGUGCUACAAGACAGAAAAUAUGCCCUCAUCACAGCCCUAAUGUACUGUCUCACACCAGCCAACGUUUUUAUGGUAGCCGGCUACUCCGAGACCUUUUUUGCAGGUCUGACCUUCGCAGGCCUCUGGUUUCUAGAGAAAGGGUUCACUCCUGGAGCUUGUCUUCUGCUGGGAUUUGCUACUGGUGUUCGUGCCAAUGGGCUUGUGAAUGCUGGAUUUCUGUUGUAUCUCAUCCUGCAAAGGGGUUUUGCACAUAUCCGGACUAUAAGCAAAGGAACUACAGGAAGCAGUAGAUAUUGUCAGUAUGCCUGGGCACUUAUUCAGUUUUUGCUGACAGGAUCAGUUUAUGUAGCUCUUGUGGCAUUACCGUUUUGUCUGUUUCAGUUUUAUGGCUACCAAACAUUCUGCCAUCCAACUGUUACUCAUAAGCAGGUUCCUCCUGUUCUGCUUAAUCUGGCACAAGAUAAAGGAUACCGUGUGCCUGACGCAUCAUCUCCAACACCGAGCUGGUGCCAGUGGAGAAUUCCACUAUUGUAUUCCUACAUCCAAGAUGUUUAUUGGGAUGUAGGAUUCCUUCGAUACUUCCAAUUAAAGCAAAUACCCAACUUCAUCCUAGCACUGCCUGUUGCUACUCUGGGAUUUGCUGCCUCGUAUACAUACAUAAUGGCUAACCUGGCGUUCUGUAUGCAUCUGGGGUUGGGAGACAAAAGAAAAGGCAAAAAGACACAAGUUUUUUAUAAUCCAAGAGUCUUUGUUUAUGUUGUGCACAGUUCUGUCUUGCUUCUGUUUGGAGUAUUCUGCAUGCAUGUUCAGGUUUUGACAAGAUUUCUUGCGUCCUCCUCACCUGUACUGUUUUGGAUCAGUGCACAUCUGCUUUUUCAGUAUGAACCUCUACUGCAAGUUGAGACUCUGUUCAAUUCUGACCAAAGACAACAGCACAAGGAUCACUUAAAACAUGGCGUAACGAUUUGUGACUGGAUGUGUAAAAAUAAUCAAAUUGUUUACCUUUUGAUGCACUGGAACACUUGCUCCCUAUGUACACGCUGCAUCCUGGGGUAUUUUAUAUCGUAUUGGUUUUUAGGUCUGGCUCUACACUGUAACUUCCUUCCCUGGACUUAAUAUCUUUGCUGUACCAAAUUAAAGAGAGUAACAUUCCAAUGUAUUUGAAUAAUAUACUUGUUGACAAAUAUUGAGGCAGCUGCUAUUCCUAUGAAGUAUUAAAUAUCCUUGUUUGACCCUA